AUGCUCUCUGCAAAGGAAGAGGGCAACUUACUUUUGGCUUCAAUCGACUGUCUUUUCCCCUUUAAUGCUGCCUGCUCAGCGCCGUGCGUGCGGCGGACGGGAGUAAAUGCCUGGAGGCGGAGGCGCCAAAAUCCGUCGUGCCGCGGUGCGGCGGGGAUGUGUGGCUUUGCCUCCUCCUCCUCCCCCUCUUCUCAUUCCCCUCUCGCAGACAAGCGCUGCGCUGCCACCAUUGCAGUCGUCCUUCGCCAAACUCAGGCACACACACGCUUUUCUCGCGCCAUGCACCGCCGACUCCGCGCCGCGCCGUUUCUCCCACUGCUGCUGCUGCUGCUCGCGAUGCACUGCGCCGGCGUGUGCCGCGCCGCUGCGGGCCGCCGGGUGUUCGACGACACGAUGCCGAGGAGGGGCCGGCCGGCGGCUGCGGUGGUGCGUGAGGUGCCGCGGAGGGGGCAGGGUGCGGCGCAGGCGUACACCGUCGCAACGGCAGCGGCGGCAGAAGGAACGAGCAGCGAGGGCUGGGCGCCCAUCCGCAUCGAGGUGUCCACGAAGGACCUGGAGGAGAAAACUCAGAAGUUGGGGAUGAAGAGGUACUGCGCUGCUGAUGGGGUCCAGUGCAUGAACUACUUGGGGCACGAGGUAACUUGCAAAGCCGAUCAUGUACUGACGGAGCAAAAGAAGCAGUUGUAUACGACGAAGAUUAUUCCCGGGGCCGUCAAGCUGCACGCGGAGCGACUUCUCGUGCAGCCAGUGGCUGAGAAAAUUGAAUUGCCACGGAAUCUCGAUGUUGCGUGUCAGCAC